GCUGUUAUUUCCACGUUUCGCUUCUCUGUCUCACACACACCGCGCUGUCCUUCUUUCCUUGUUUUCUCCGCCCCCUCCUCCCACGUCCACCUCCGCCUUCCCCUUCCCUUUCCUCCUUUCUCUCUCUCUCUCUUUCUCUCUCUUAAUUCCUCUCUUUAUAAACACACAUUCACACUUUCCUCCAUUCCAUUCUCUUCCCUUUCCUUUCCACAAUGGCUUCAACUUUCUCUGCUGCUGCAAUUCAAAUCAUCAAAUCCACCAGAUCUUCCGACAAACCUCUUUUCGAUCCCCUCAAAUCCACCUCCACCUCCUCUCCUUUCCUCGGUUCAACCCAAAAACUCCGCCUCAAUUCCCUCGCCAAACCCAUUCCCUCUCUUUCCCACCGCCGUCCCUCCUCCGUCGUCGCCGUCUCCGAUGUCGUCAAGGAAAAGAAGCCCAAAUCCACCACUUCCAUCUCCAAUCUGUUGAUUACGAAAGAUGAAGGGUUGGAGCUAUACGAGGACAUGAUUCUGGGCAGAACCUUCGAAGAUAUGUGUGCUCAGAUGUACUACAGAGGCAAAAUGUUCGGAUUCGUGCAUCUCUACAAUGGCCAAGAAGCUGUAUCUACAGGUUUCAUCAAACUUCUCAAGAAAGAAGAUUGUGUCGUCAGCACAUACCGCGAUCACGUCCAUGCAUUGAGCAAAGGCGUCCCUGCUCGUGCUGUCAUGAGCGAGCUCUUCGGCAAGACCACCGGCUGUUGCAGAGGCCAGGGUGGCUCUAUGCACAUGUUUUCCGGCGAACACAACGUCCUCGGUGGUUUCGCCUUCAUCGGCGAAGGAAUUCCGGUCGCCACCGGGGCUGCAUUCAGUAGCAAGUACAGGAGGGAGGUGUUGAAGGAAGCUGAUUGUGAUCAUGUCACUUUGGCUUUUUUUGGUGAUGGGACUACUAACAAUGGCCAGUUCUUUGAGUGUUUGAACAUGGCGGCUUUGUGGAAAUUGCCUAUUGUGUUUGUUGUGGAGAACAAUUUGUGGGCAAUUGGGAUGUCUCAUUUGAGGGCUACUUCGGAUCCGGAAAUUUGGAAGAAAGGACCGGCUUUUGGAAUGCCUGGUGUUCAUGUUGAUGGAAUGGAUGUGUUGAAGGUGAGAGAGGUUGCCAAGGAGGCUGUUGACAGGGCUAGGAGAGGAGAAGGCCCGACUCUGAUUGAAUGCGAGACUUACAGGUUCAGAGGACACUCUUUGGCUGAUCCCGAUGAGCUUCGUGACCCUAAUGAGAAGGCUCAUUAUGCUACUAGAGAUCCCAUCUCUGCCUUAAAAAGGUACAUGUUUGACAACAAUCUGGCCAAUGAAGCCGAGUUAAAAGCCAUAGAGAAGAAGAUAGAUGAAGUGGUCGAGGAAGCAGUUGAGUUUGCAGAUAGCAGCCCUCACCCGUCUCGCACCCAGCUAUUGGAGAAUGUGUUUGCGGAUCCAAGAGGAUUUGGUAUUGGACCAGAUGGGAAAUACAGAUGCGAGGAUCCAAAAUUCACCCAAGGCACUGCUCAUGUUUAAAUCUUUUUCACAAUUCGUUUUAUGCUGGGUUUGGAUUCAUUACUCUUUAUGUGGUGUUCUAAAAUUAUAACUAGCUUUCUCUUCUUGGUGUAUCUGUUUUAUUUAUAUGAGCAGGAUUUGUCAUAGGUUGUUUCUUUAUAUUCAGUUUUGUUGUUGCUCGUCUUGCAAUUGUUAGUGUUUUGAAUGGCAACCCCAAAGGGAUGUGUGGGGACCUUACAGUUUUUUGUUUUGUUGCUGCUCAGGGUUGUCAAUUUUUCCAAUUGCUCUUUCA